AAAAGGUGUGGUAAGAGUCGCUUGGGGCUGUUGGUCUCAGAGUGUGUGUACUAUAAGGGAGGGCUGUGGUUCCUGUGUUUGGUUAAAGGAACUUAAACAUGACUACUGCCCAUAAGUUGGUGAUCGUCCGUCAUGGCGAGAGUGAGUGGAACCAGUACAACAAAUUCUGUGGAUGGUUUGAUGCCGAGCUCAGCGAGAAGGGCCUGGAGGAGGCCAAGAGUGGUGCUAAGGCCAUCAAGGAGGCUGGCAUGAAGUUUGACAUCUGCCACACCUCUGUGCUGAAGCGGGCCGUCAAGACCCUGUGGACCAUCCUGGAAGGCACAGACCAGAUGUGGCUGCCCGUGUACCGCACAUGGCGUCUGAACGAGCGCCACUACGGCGGCCUGACAGGUCUUAACAAGGCAGAGACAGCCGAGAAGCAUGGAGAGGAGCAGGUCAAGAUCUGGCGUCGCUCCUUCGACACCCCCCCUCCCCCAAUGGAACACAACCACGCCUACCACAAGAUCAUCAGUGAGUCAAGGCGCUACAAGGGCUUGAAGCCCGGUGAGCUGCCCACAUGUGAGUCCCUGAAGGACACCAUUGCCCGCGCCCUGCCCUACUGGAACGAUGUCAUCGCACCUGAGAUCAAGGCCGGCAAGAACGUCAUCAUUGCUGCCCACGGCAACAGCCUCCGCGGAAUUGUCAAGCACUUAGAGGGCAUGUCCGACGCUGCCAUCAUGGAGUUGAACCUGCCAACAGGUAUACCCAUCGUGUAUGAGCUGGACGUGAAUCUGAAGCCGGUCAAGCCCAUGGCCUUCCUGGGAGAUGCCGAGACCGUGAAGAAGGCCAUGGAGGCUGUGGCUGCCCAGGGCAAGGCUAAGAAGUAAGCUAGCCUGGACACGUCAAGAGGGAGAGAAAGUGACUGUCCCCCCCAUCCCUUACUAUCAUCCACUCCCUCCAUCUUCCCAUUCACCUGCAGUCCAUUCCAUCCUGGGAUAAAUGCUCUCUUUGGUUGUGGACAUAUGCCCUGUGUAGCCACCUGUAUCUGAGAGGGAACAUCAUAAAACCCAAAUAUGGUGUGAUUGUUCCAUAGAUCUGUGCAGGUGGUACCAGUACUGCACAAGUCUUGUACACUCACACAAACACAGACUCUUGUGGAGUGUCACAGUCCCACUGUAGGAUUGGUGAAGCCCUGUGUUAAGGCACCAUACUCUGACACAACAAAUAAAGAAACCACCUUUUUGUCUA